AGGCUCGGCUUGUACGGCUGGGAGCGGAUUAGGGGAGGAGGGAAGACCGGAAGCCACGGUCGCGUCCCCUGCCUUAGAUUCACUCCCCGGGGCUGGGAGCAGAGACCGGGGAGGAGGGAGAGGCUGAAUGUUGGCUCGGUAAUAAAGGGGAGCGGCCGCUCCGGAGCCUCCUCCCGGGGCGCCCCCCUCAGCCCGCCCGCCCGCGCUCUCAUCCACCGGGCUUCAGGGCGCGCGCCCCCCGCGGACGGCCCGGCAGCUGAAGAGGCGCUGCCCGCGGCGGGGACUGGCCGGCGGCAUCCGAGGCCCGCACCUCAGCGCCACCCCCACCGCCUUCCCGCUGGUCCCUCCGGCCGCCGCCAUGUCCUCCUCCUCCUCCUCCCCCAGGGAGACGUACGAGGAGGACCGGGAGUACGAGAGCCAGGCCAAGCGUCUCAAGACCGAGGAGGGGGAGAUCGACUACUCGGCCGAGGAAGGAGAGAACCGCCGCGAAGCGACGCCCCGGGGCGGGGGCGGGGGCGAUGGCGGCGGCGGCGGCGGCGGCCGGAGCUUCUCGCAGCCGGAGACAGGUGGAAGUCAUCAUAAAGUUUCUGUUUCACCCGUUGUCCAUGUUCGAGGGCUCUGUGAAUCUGUGGUGGAAGCAGACCUUGUGGAGGCUCUGGAAAAAUUUGGGACAAUAUGCUAUGUGAUGAUGAUGCCAUUUAAACGGCAGGCUCUAGUGGAAUUUGAAAACAUAGAUAGUGCUAAAGAAUGUGUGACAUUUGCUGCGGAUGAACCUGUGUACAUUGCUGGUCAACAGGCUUUUUUCAACUAUUCUACAAGUAAAAGGAUCACUCGGCCAGGAAAUACUGAUGAUCCAUCAGGAGGCAACAAAGUUCUCUUGCUGUCAAUUCAGAAUCCCCUUUAUCCAAUUACAGUGGAUGUUUUGUAUACGGUAUGCAACCCUGUUGGCAAAGUACAGCGCAUUGUUAUAUUCAAGAGAAAUGGAAUACAAGCGAUGGUUGAGUUUGAAUCAGUCCUUUGUGCACAGAAAGCUAAGGCAGCACUAAAUGGAGCAGAUAUAUAUGCUGGAUGUUGCACACUAAAAAUUGAAUAUGCAAGGCCAACUCGUCUAAAUGUUAUUAGGAAUGACAAUGACAGUUGGGACUACACUAAACCAUAUUUGGGAAGACGAGAUAGAGGAAAGGGUCGCCAGAGACAAGCCAUUUUGGGAGAACACCCUUCUUCGUUUAGACAUGAUGGCUAUGGAUCCCAUGGUCCACUGUUGCCUUUACCAAGUCGUUACAGAAUGGGCUCUCGAGAUACACCUGAGCUUGUUGCAUAUCCAUUACCCCAGGCUUCUUCUUCUUACAUGCAUGGAGGAAAUCCCUCUGGUUCAGUUGUAAUGGUUAGUGGAUUACAUCAACUAAAAAUGAAUUGUUCAAGAGUCUUCAACCUAUUCUGCUUAUAUGGAAAUAUUGAAAAGGUAAAAUUUAUGAAGACUAUUCCUGGCACAGCACUCGUAGAAAUGGGUGAUGAGUAUGCUGUAGAAAGAGCUGUCACACACCUUAAUAAUGUCAAAUUAUUUGGGAAAAGACUUAAUGUUUGUGUAUCUAAACAACAUUCAGUUGUUCCAAGUCAGAUAUUUGAGCUGGAGGAUGGUACAAGUAGCUACAAAGAUUUUGCAAUGAGCAAAAAUAAUCGCUUUACAAGUGCUGGCCAAGCAUCUAAGAAUAUUAUCCAGCCACCCUCAUGUGUACUGCAUUAUUAUAAUGUUCCGUUGUGUGUCACAGAAGAGACCUUCACAAAGUUGUGUAAUGACCAUGAAGUUCUUACAUUCAUCAAAUAUAAAGUGUUUGAUGCGAAACCUUCUGCCAAAACACUUUCUGGUCUGUUGGAAUGGGAAUGCAAGACUGAUGCAGUAGAAGCCCUUACUGCACUUAAUCACUACCAGAUAAGAGUCCCAAAUGGAUCCAAUCCAUAUACUUUGAAGCUUUGUUUUUCUACAUCAUCCCAUUUAUAAGAAGAGAAGAGCAUGUUAGAAUUUAUGUUCAUCUUUAUUACAGUUUUAAAGCUACACUUCAUUAAAAAAAAAAACUACAAUGGUUGAUCUAAUGUUGCCUUGCUUACUUUAAGAUCUUGUUCUGUAAUAAAAAUAUUUUGCCUCCAGUAAAUUUGUUGUAAACUGAAAUAUUGUUUUCAUUUCAGGAUAGAAUAUCAUAAUGUAGACUGUCUACAGCUUCAUUGUAGAUUAUGCAAAUAUAUGAUUUCUAACCAUAUUACUAUAAUUUUUCUUCCACAGUAAAAAUAUAUUUGCAUUCUUAAUGCUAAUUAUUUGCAAGUAUUUUUACAUUGUGUAUGAGACUAAUGCAGGUUAAAGUAUUGCAUUUUAAUAUUAUAGAAUUCCUAUGAUAUGUUAAUAGAUGUUUAAGUAUGUUGCAGUUACUCAUAUUACACAUGACUUGUAUUUAUUAUUUUAAUCAAGUUUGAGAAUACCAUUGCACAUGUUGACCUUUAAGUACUACAGAUUUAGCUGAUUUUAUAUUUCUGAAAGGCUAACAGACAUGGGUACACUUGUACAGUCUGCACUCAAACUUAUUUAAAUUGUUUUUUUUUUUUAUUUUUAUUUUUUUUUAGUCAUUGUCCAUUUGUAUUGACAUGCUUCUGUUUCUAGUUCUAGUUUGGAGAGAUUUUAUAAAGUUAUAACAAUGACUUAAUGUGUUAUCUUCAUUUGUUGCAUGUGAUUUAAUCUUGAAAAUGCAUUUAAUGUUUGGAUUGAGAUUUUAAUAGAAGUUAAUUAAUAAUUCCUCUUCUAUAUAAGUCUGGGAUCCAUGGAUGGGCAUUAGACUAUAGCCCCCCUAAAAUUGUGUGUAGAAUUUUUGGUAUUUGCAUUUUAUUUUUUACUCUUCAAUCCAUCAUAAUAUAUGUAUUUUUAUAUAUGGUGCAAGAUUUAAGGAUCUAAUUUUAUUUUUAAUUGAAACAGAUAGCUAUUUGUCUCAACACCAUUUAUUAAACAUUCUCCCACUGGA